AUGGGAGUUUUUCAAUGUCCUCUGCCUUGUAAUAAUAACAAACUGAAAAAUGACCCUGAUCAAUCCCAUGAUUCCAAUCAUGUUCAUCCUCAUUCAGACACUUCAUCUGGUUCUUCAUCACUUCAUUCACAACCGAGUUUACCUUCAGUUCCAUCUCUAACUCCACAUGAAAAACCAGCAUCUUCUCACACUUCCCUUUUAGCCACCCUCAAAGGCCACUCUGCUUACGUUUCCUCUCUGUCUCUCGCCGGAAAACACCUCUACAGCGGCUCCUCCGACGGUGAAAUACGCGUCUGGAACCGGAUUCCUCCUACCUCCGACGUCUCCUCCUCUGUUAUCCUCCACAACGUGGUUGCCCAAGGAAGCAGCGGAGUCAAAUCCAUAGUAAUUUUGGGUAAUAGACUCUUCACUGCUCACCAUGAUCACAAGAUCCGAGUCUGGAAAAUCGACCAAUACGAGAAUAAUGACAAGCAUUACAAGUGCAUCGCGACGUUGCCCACGUUAAACGAUCGUUGUUCGAGAUUCUUCUCGGCCAAAAACUAUGUUCAAGUUCGGAGACACAAGAAAUGCACAUGGGUUCAUCAUGUUGACGCCAUCUCUGCCUUAGCCUUAUCAAAAGAUGGCUCUUUUCUCUACUCUGUUUCCUGGGAUCGGACGCUGAAAAUGUGGAGGACAUCGGAUUACAAAUGUUUGGAAUCAAUAUGGAACGCACACGAUGAUGCAAUCAAUGCAAUUGCCUUACCCAAUGAUGGAUUCAUCUACACAGGUUCAGCAGACAGGAAGAUUAAGGUUUGGAAGAAGUAUCAGGGAGACAAGAAACAUAGUUUGGUUGCUACAUUAGAGAAACAUAAAUCAGCUGUAAAUGCAUUAGCCCUUAGCACAGACGGCUCUGUUUUGUAUUCAGGGGCUUGUGAUAGGUCCAUAAUUGUGUGGGUCAAAGAUGGCGGGAACGCCCAUAUGGUGGUUUCCGGUGCACUCAGAGGCCAUACUAAGGCCAUUUUAUGCUUGACAGUUGUUUCUGAUUUGGUGUUUAGUGGUUCAGCUGAUAAAACGGUGAGAGUUUGGAAGAGAGGGUUGGGAAAGAGUUAUUCUUGUUUGGCCGUGUUGGAAGGUCAUAAAGGUCCGGUCAAAUGUUUGACUUCGGCGGCGGAGGAGGACGGAAAAAGCCAUGUGACGGGAGAUUGUGAUUCCUCAACCGGGAGGAAAUCUUCUUUUCUCGUUUAUAGUGGUAGUUUGGAUCGUGACUUACGAAUUUGGAAUGUUUGGGUCCAACCCAAUUAG